GGAAAGGCUAAACAUCGUGUAGACACGGAGUUUCGCACGUUGUUCCCAAUCAGGAUGUUAGUGUUGGUAGUCUUAGAAACUCUGUAUAUAAACUGCUCCAUCUCCGUCCAACGACGACACGUUCGGACCACGCUUUAGACAGCUCUUUCUCUUCACGUCUUGUUUCGGUCCCGAGAACGAGCUCAGGUUUACAUUACAUGAUCAAUAUACAUCCUUCUGCGUAACGUCCAACACGCCCCACGUAAUCUACUCCGUAGACCCAAGUCAACUUCAGGCUCAAAACUCAAACGGCAUCCCGUGGUAGCACAUACUGCAAUGGCUUCCAGUAUCCCGACAUCUUGCAAGGCCAUUGUCGCCCCAGAAGUCAAGGCGAAGCUCGAAAUCAAGGACGUCCCAAUAUCGCCACCCAAAGAAGGCGAGAUUCUUGUCAAGGUUGAGGCAUGUGGUAUUUGCCAUAGCGACUAUGGCCUUGUCAGCGGAGAGUUUGGGCCGCUGUCCAAGAAGGACCUGAUUCCAGGUCACGAAGUGAUUGGGCAUGUGGUCGCCGUCGGGCCCGGUGAGAAACGGUGGAAGGAAGGCGAUCGUGUUGGCGGUGGCUGGCAUGGAGGACACGACGGCUCGUGCAAGAGCUGCAAUCGAGGUCUCUUCCAAACCUGCCAGAAUGCCGCUGUGAACGGUGUGACAAGGGACGGCGGUUACUCCGAGUACUGCACCCUUCGCUCUGAGGCCGGCGUACGGAUUCCUACGGACAUGGACGCUGCAGAAGUCGCGCCCCUGCUUUGUGCCGGCGUGACUGUUUUCAACGGCAUAAGGCAGAUGAAAAUCGUCCCCGGAGGCGUGGUCGCCAUUCAAGGCCUUGGUGGUCUUGGGCAUCUGGCACUCCAAUACUCGCGGAAGAUGGGAUACCGGACCGUAGCACUUUCACGGGACUCCAGCAAGAAGGAAUUUGCUACCAAGCUCGGCGCGACCGAUUACAUUGACGGAAGUCAAGCCGACACGGCCCAAGAGCUACAGAAGCUUGGAGGUGCAGAUUUGAUUGUCGUGACAGCUCCUAACGCAAAGGUCAUGUCAGCUCUCGUCAAUGGGCUAGCGCCGUUGGGAAAAUUGCUGAUUCUCGCUCCUGCUGGCGAUGUUAGCAUCAACAGUCUUCCAUUGGUUCUGGGAGGAAGAUCUGUCCAUGGCUGGCCCUCGGGGCAUGCCCUUGACAGUGAGGAGGCUAUUGAGUUUGCUAGGGUCCAGGGCGUCAAAUGCAUGAUCGAAAAGUUCAGGAUGGAUCAGAUCCAAGAAGCCAUGGAUCACAUGGUUCAGGGCAAGGUGCGAUUUCGGGGUGUUCUGGUAAUGUAAAAUACAUCCGCAGAGCGAAGCAGGAAGCGGAUCAAGAAGACGUCAUAUAAGUGGAAUGGGAUGAGAUCGAUUCGGUAACAUAGUACAGAUCUUCCUACGUCCAAUUAACAGCCAAGAAAAGUGGACUGGGUUUCGCCGCAAGGUUAC